AUACUACGCUACUGACAUUGUUGACAGAGCCGAAAUAGUAGACUUAACAUCCGGUCUGCCACUCGCGAAUUCUACGGCAGCGGCUUUGAUAUAUAAUUUAUUUUUGCAAUAUUGGCCUCAGGCUUCUUUACUCCCCAUCAGAGCUGACAGGACUUUGCUAACAUGCUAGAAGAUUAUAUAUUUACAGAGCGGUGUUAGAACCAGAGGUAAAUGGUUCAUUAGGCUAAGCCAAUAUAUUUUAAGAUUCCUACUCAAAGGCCUUGUUGCUUGUCUGAGAGUGCAGCAAUCUGAUUGGUUGGCGUGUCGAACCUUAAGGAUGAUGUAAUGUUGUCCUCGUUUAUACUUGGGGUUCACACGUUCACAGCAACAACAUUUACAUUCUGUGCUCUAUCUCAGACCCGAUUGGCAACAACCUCAGACGCAAUAUAUUGGUCAGCCUUAAACGGGAACACCAUUACCACCAGUCAUGGCGCUUCGAACUCUCUCCGCAGCUAAUGCUGCAGCCUUGGAUAAAGAGCUGAUGAGCACUGGAGCUUAUUCCCUCGACCAAUUGAUGGAGCUAGCGGGACUAUCUGUAUCCCAAGCUGUUUAUAAACUUCUACCCCUGAACAAGGGUACAAGAGUCCUCGUGGCUUGCGGUCCAGGAAAUAAUGGUGGCGAUGGCCUCGUAGCAGCACGACAUCUCCACCACUACGGCUACCAACCAGCUAUUUACUACCCGAAACAAAAUAAAAACGAGCUAUACCAGCGUCUGACAACGCAACUCCACGCACUCAAAGUUCCCUUCGUCACCUCCCUCCCUAACCCGCUAACAACGUCAACCUACGACCUCAUCCUCGACUGCAUCUUCGGUUUUUCCUUCAGUGGCUCCAUCCGCGAGCCGUUCCCGUCAGUCAUUGCUGCCCUCGCUUCGACCACCGUUCCUGUUCUUGCCGUCGAUGCACCCUCAAGCUGGGAUAUUGAGCAUGGCCCGCCUAGCGAGGGACCGGGAAAGGAUUAUCACCCCGGGGCGCUGAUUAGUCUGACGGCGCCGAAGCCGCUGGUAGAGAAGUUUAGGGGAAGACACUUUGUAGGAGGGCGUUUUCUGGGAGCGGAGGUCGCGGAAAGGUAUGGAUUGGUUGUGCCGCCGUAUGAGGGCGUGGCACAAGUUGCUGAGGUACCAGUGGACGGAGAGGGGAAGCUAUGAGUAUGGCCUACUGAGAUGAUGAUGAUGAUGAUGAAUGUCAGAAUGCAAGAAGGGGAGUUGAUUUCUAAUAUUAGAGCUGGGACGGGAAGAGCACAUGAUAAUUAAGGCGUUGACAAUGUAUUUAUUUAAGAUUGAUGAGCAAUACCCCAAUCAAUGCGCAGCGACCAGGAAGGUAUUCGUUCCCAGACAUACUACCAUAACAAA